AUGAGACGAUCAAAAUUAAAAACUCCAUCAGCUGAUACAAAGAAUAGACGUACAUCAUCUGGUACACGUAUCGAUUGGGUACCACCACAUCCAGCAAUCGGAGCUCAAUUAUUAGCAUCAUUGGAAAAUCAUCCAUUAGAUGAACGAGAUAUAGCUGGUAUUCGUCUUUCACGUGGUGUUUAUAUGCAUUUUACUGCACAAGAAAUUCGUGAUCUCAAAGAAGUAUUCGAUUUUUUUGAUCAUAAACGUCGAGGAAAUCUUAAACCAAAAGAAAUUGUCUAUGCAAUGAGAACAUUAGGUGUUAAUAUAACAGUUGAAAAAUGUGUUGCUUAUAUAGAAAAAGAAAGUCGAGAUAAUUUAACACUUGAUUUUGGUGAAUUUCUUCUUUUACUUGCGAAUUUUCAAAGUGAAGAACAAGAUGAUUAUGAUGAAUUAAAUUUAGCUUUUCAAUUAUUUGAUAUUGAAGGUUGUGAAUAUAUUGAUAUGAAUAUUCUUCGUCGAAUAAAUGAACAAACAGGUUUAAAAUUAAGUGAACUUGAUUUACAAUUAAUGUUUCAAGCAGCUGAUCGUAGUGGUGAUGGACGUAUAGAUCGUCAUGAAUUUAUUCGAAUGAUGAGACAAACAAAUUUAUUUUCACGUUGA